AUGGCUGGCUAUACAGCCUUUCCCAAUCAAUCAACCAAUAGCAGUAUGAGUUCCCGCAGACAAGGCAGGUUGGACCCCCGUGAAGCGGAAGCUAAAGCGGAACUUCAAAAUCCUCGUGGACAACCAGCUGACAAAACCCUGCCCGACUCCAACCGUGUAAAGAUCCACAUGAUCAAGAAAUGGCUGUCUCAAUUAGACAUAGAUAAAAUGAGCGUCAAUUCGCAAGAACAUUUCGUUCAAGAUGAGUGGGCAAAGGCGCAACUUCGAAAAAUCGGUAAUACUUGUCCUAGAGGAUGUCGGUGGAUUAGAAUCGAUGGUGGUUAUAGAUGUGGUCAAGGUUUUCAUUGGGCGACUGAUUUGAUGCUUAGUGAUAUGGGUUAUUAA